AUGGUAUCGUAUAAAUCUAUGAAUACAUGUUCCACUUUGCGCUAUCUGCUUACUGACAUCUUUCUAGGUGCUUGCGAUAUCGUUGUUUUGCAACACAAGUGUGGCUUUUGUUUGUUUGAUAUGAGUAGAAGAGAGCUAUUCGGUGAUGUGACUAUCGACUACAGCAACUUUUCACGCAUUGGACUAUGUUUAGAAGCCCAAAGAGACCGUAUCACUGUCUCAGCCUCAGCAUCGAUUGAGUUAUCUGCACCGAGUGAUGACGUGGGUACCCUUCAGAACAUCGAGCCGCUGCCAUUUAUUUCUGAUCACCACUUCGCCUCCACCUACGAAUGUGGUUUGGUAUCAGUGUUCGAUCUGCGCAAGACUCGCGCCCCUGUGUUAUCGUACAGGCUAAAGGACGUGGAGGCCACUCCAUCACUGGCUGCCUGGAGGAGCGUGUUGCUUGUAGGUGACACAUGCGGCAACGUCUACAUGCUACAUGUCUCUGCAUCUGACGGUAUUAUUCUACUGAAGCGCGCUAACAUCUACAGCGAUGUCGCUAAACAGUCUGGAAUCGGCUGUUUAGAGGUACGAUCGGACGGUGCCAUUACGGUAGCUGGUUGUUGGGACUAUAGUUUGCGUGUCUUGGAGACGCGUAGCUUAGAAGUGAAAGCCGUGUUGUGUGAACAUAACGAUAGUAUUAUGGACAUAUCAUUCGACAUAUCUACAGGUGACUUUGCGACAUGUGCUGUGGACGGCAACGGGCAUGUGUGGAAGUUGUUUAGUAGCAAUUAUAAACGAGUUUAG